AUGAACUCAGCCGGUACCGGUGUACCGGACAAGGCCGCUGGCGUGUCGGCUUCCUCGUCAUCCACGCCGAAGCACAAGCUGGUCCUUCUUGGCGACCAAUCCGUUGGCAAGACGAGCAUCAUCACCCGCUUUAUGUACGACACCUUUGACCAACAGUACCAGCCAACGAUCGGCAUCGAUUUCUUCUCGAAAACGGUUCACCUGGACGAUGAUCGGGACGUCCGGCUGCACUUGUGGGACACGGCGGGGCAGGAGCGCUUUCAUUCGUUGAUCCCCAGCUACAUCCGAAACAGUGCCGCGACCGUGGUGGUCUAUGACAUCACUUCCCGCCCGACGUUCUUCAGCGCCUUCAAGUGGAUUGACGAGGUGCGCUCAGAGAGCGGUGACGAUGUUGUUAUCAUGCUCGUCGGCAACAAGGUCGAUCAGGCAUCGGAGCGGCGUGAGGUGAGCGCCGAGGAGGCGAUGAAGAAGGCGACCGAGUGCAACGUGCUCUUCACGGAGGUGAGCGCCAAGCACGGCACAAACAUCAAGCACAUGUUUCGGCAGGUCGCUGCCGCGCUGCCGGCACCGGCUUCCACGGGUGGCGGUGCCGGUGUCAAUGCGGCGACAUCGCCGUCUGCUGGCGGCGUUGGCGCAGCAGGUGCGAGUGGCAGUGGCGCAGCAGCGCCCGGCAUCAGCGCUGGCCAAUUUGGUGGCGUAGUCCGGUCACCGUUCUUGAUCACUCCAUCCGCGAUGCAGGUGGCCUCGAACGGCACCGGGGCCGCCGGCGGGGCGGACGGUGCCAACCCCAAUGUGCAGGGAAGUCGCGGUGGCGCUUGCUGCUGA